UUGGAGAGGGGUGGAGAAACCGGCUAGGCAGAGCUGCAAAAGCCUCCAAUCGUGAGUCUCGAUCUAGCCAAGAGAAGGCACAGCAAGCUUAGACUUCAGGUCUGCGACGAUAAUUCGGGGAUAUUUCGGUGAAUGAGCUUGACGUCAAGAUCUCCUGACUCGUUCUUGCUAUUCCUGAAGCUGCCUUUCUCCUCAUCUGCAAAGCCUGGGUGUAGGGACUUGGCCUGCGUCGAGAGGUUUUGGAGGAAUAUGACCAACGGGCUAGACUUCCCCCCAUCUCACCCCCAGACUUUGAAUUGCGGGGUGCAGAAACGCGGGGGGCGCGGCAGUCGACCCUUGGUCCGGAUAAUGACCAGUCCAAAGCCAGGACCACUUGGACCCGGGAAUAUCGGGUCUGAUUGUGUGUCCGAUGCUACUAUACGGGGGACCAGGAGUGAGCUCCGGCCCCAAGCUAUACUUACCACGUCUGCUUGGAGCUCUCUCUCAAAGAGUGAGACAAAACUGGAAGCUCCCAAAACGGGAUAUACUGCACUGAUUCGGGGCCCAAGGUUUGGAGUGCGGCUCAACUUGUAAGGGAGACCAGGCAUUGGGAUUUCUCAGACUCUCUUGGCAAGCCGGGCUUGCACUACUCCGCAUAUCCCGCCAAUUGCCUGCUCCCGUGGCGGCCGCGUUGGGCAAGAGAGA